AUGAGUGAAUAUAUAUUUGGCUCUUUUCUAAAUAGCUUAGAUAAUAUAAGAUACAAUGUAUUAAAUGUAUUAAAUGAUAUUAAAAUUGACGAUAAUUAUAUAAGGAAUAUUAGGUCAAAUAUAAAAACAAAAAUGGAUAUAUUAAUUGAUAAAUGCUUACCACCUAAAAUAAUAGAAGAUAAACGAUUUAUUGUAAUAAUUGAAAAAAAAAAGAAUUAUGAUAAUUUUCGUUGUCCCAUAUGUAUGUUAAUAUUAUAUAAGCCAGUGAAAACAGAAUGUUCUCAUAUAUUUUGUAGGGAAUGUAUAGAAAAGGUUUUAAAGAAAUUUGAUUAUUGUCCUAUGUGUAGAAAUAAAAUAAAAAAUGAUGAUUUAGAAAAUGUAAGUAUAAAUUCAUUAGGAAAUGAAUAUGAAAAUAUAAAAAUAAGAUGCCCAAACUGUAGAAAUAUUACAACUGUAAAAGAUUAUGAAUAUCAUUUAAUAAAUGAAUUCUUAGGAAAUAAUAACAAUAAUAAUGAAGAUAAAUUAAACUUGCAUAGAAAAAAUUUACAAGAAGUUUGCAAUUUGUCUGAUAAAAAUUUGGAUUUUUUUUUUAAUAAAAAGUUAAAAAUAGAAGAAAUGAAUGAAUUAAUACUAUUUCUAAGUAAAAAUAAGUUAGAUAACACUAUACGAAGUUUUAAUCUUUUAUAUGUAGAAAAAAAGAAAAGUGAAUAUUUGUUUAAAAAUAGUCAAAUAGAAGAAAUAAUCUGUGAAAUAUUUCUUAUUGUGAAAGUUAAAAAAAAGAAAAGAAAAGAAGAAAUUGCUUAUAAAUUGAAGAGUUUAUAUAACGAUAAGAAAUUAUCAAAAAAUUAUAUGAAAAGGGAUCAUUUAUUUAGUUAUAAUAACAAUAAUGAAGAAGAAAAAAAAAUUUCAUAUGUAGAUAAUGAUAUUUGUAAGAGAAGGUCUUAUAGUUUUGAAAAUUAUGAAUUAUAUCAAGAAGAGAUGAUAAAAAAAAAUAAGGAAAAUAAAUAUAUGUUUGUUAUGUUUGAAUAUAACUCAGAAAAUUUAUUUUUUACCUUAUUUAACAAUUUUCCAAAUAUAAAAAAUCUACGUAAGAUAAAAUUAGUAACCUAUAAAAAAUUAAAAAAUGAAUCAAAGAAUAAUUAUAAAGUAAAUGAGUUAAUUGAAUUUCUUUCUAAAUUAAAAAUUCAAAAAAAUUCAAAAACAUAUCAUAAAUAUUUUUAUAGUUCUCUUCAUUUAUUUCAUGAAGUUAUCUUCUCUUAUAUAAAAAAUGGAUAUUUUUUAAAAAAAAAAGAAUACCAUUUUAAAAAUAAUUACAUUAGAGAUUAUGAAUUAAUGUUUUUAUUUUUCUAUUUGAAAUAUGAAUAUAAAAUCCCUAAUAAUAUAGAAUACCACUUGUUAUAUUCUGAAGAAUUCAUAACAAAAAUUUUAAAAGAUCAAUCUUGUGAUCAGACUGUUUUUAUAAGUAAUAUUUAUACAUAUAAAAUGUGUGAUAAUAAUAACGAUGGAAACAAAGAAAGUAAAAGUUCACAUUUAAAUAAAAAUAAAAAUGAUUUAAAUAUUCGUUUUAUAGUGAAAAUUCAAAAUGGAAAAUUAAAAAGUAAAUUAAAUGAAAAAGAAAAAUCGGAAAAGAGUUCCAUUUUAAAUAAUAUAGAAAAUUAUCAGGAUAUAAAUGAUAUUUGUUUUUUUAUUUUUUCGUAUUCUUCACAUGGUUUUCAAUGGGAUAUAAAAAAAUCAAUAAAUUUCUUAAUUAAGAAAAAAAUAGUAUAUAAAUCAGUAAAAGUAUUCUUCGAUAUAGAUAAAUUAAUACUUUUUUUUUUUCAUAUAAGAAAUAAAAAAUACAAUUCAAUUUUUUGGAAUUCUACACACUUUUUACAAUAUAUGUUAAAUUUUUGUUGUAAUUAA